CAAUUGCACGUCGCCGCUCGCAGUUCCGUUUCCUGCAGCGCGUUGACUGCGCGUUUGCUUGUGCUUUUCUUUUUUUUUUUUUUUUUAAAGCUGUCGGAAGUUAGUGUUUCAGGACCGGACCGGACCGCCUGGGCUUUCCGGACCGCAAAGCGAGCCCGUUCGGGUCGGUACGAGCGAUGUCUCUCUCGAAGAGGGAGCUGGACGAGCUCAAGCCGUGGGUUGAGAAGACGGUGAAGCGAGUCCUGGGCUUCUCUGAGCCCACCGUGGUCACGGCCGCCCUGCACUGCGUGGGCAAGGGGCUGGACAAGCGCAAGACCAGCGACCAGCUGAAGCCGUUCCUGGACGAGUCGACGGUGAAGUUCGUGGACAAGCUGUUUGAGGCGGUGGAGGAGGGGAGGAGCUCCCGCCACUCCAAAUCCAGCAGCGAGAAACACCGGAAGAGAGACCUGAAGGAGGUGUUUGGGGAUGACCCUGAGAUUUCCCGUGAGCCCACGGCGGGUGGGGGGCCCCGGAAGAGCUCUCUGCCCCGCUUCGAGGAGGUGCGGGGGCGGGAGGUCCUGCCAGCGCCCCCCUCGGAGAGCCCGGGCAUGCUCACCAAAAGGCAGAUCAAGCAGAUGAUGGAAGCCGCCACACGACAGAUCGAGGAGCGCAAGAAGCAGCUCAGCUUCGUGGCUCCCGUCCCGCUGCCUCCGAGGGUCCCUGCUGUUCAGCCAGAGGCCCCCACUAGGGGGCAGUCCAUCGCUCCCUCUCAGGCCGCCACCUUCAUGAACGACGCCAUCGAGAAGGCCAAGAAGGCGGCAGAGCUGCAGGCGCGCAUCCAAUCACAGCUCGCCAUGAAGCCGGGCAUUCUGGGAAGCCUGGCCACCGGCAACACCAACCUGGUGGCACUGGCUAACCUCCACGCCAUGGGCAUCGCACUGCCGAAGGUGGAGUCCCGGGACGUGUCGAAGCCCUCUCCCCUCAUUCUGGACGAGCUGGGGCGCACGGUGGACGCCAGCGGGAAGGAGAUUGAGCUCACUCAUCGCAUGCCCACCCUGAAGGCCAACAUCCGCGCGGUGAAGCGGGAGCAGUUCAAGCAGCAGCUGCGGGAGCGCCCCUCCGAGGAGCUGGAGUCCACCGCCUACUUCGACCCGCGCGUGCCCGCCCUCCCCGCGCAGAGAGCCCGCCGCGGGUUUAAAUUCAACGAGAAGGGCCGCUUCGAGAAGAUCGCGCAGCGCAUUCGCACCAAGGCCCAGCUAGAGAAGCUGCAGACGGAGAUCGCUCAGGCUGCUAAGAAGACAGGGAUCCAGGCCUCCACCAGGCUGGCUCUCAUCACCCCCAAGAAGGAGCUGAUGGAGGGGGAGGUGCCUGAGCUGGAGUGGUGGGACUCGUACAUCUUCCCAGCAGGCAUGGAGCCGAAACCUGAGAACCUGUCUAAUGAAAACGAACUCUUUGGGAUAACCAAUCUGGUGGAGCAUCCUGCACAGAUGAGCCCUCCAGUGGGCUCAGGCGCGCCGGUGGCUCUGGGCGUGCUCCUCACCAAGAAGGAGCAGAAGAAGUUGAGGAGGCAGACCCGGCGCGAGGGGCAGAAGGAGCUGCAGGAGAAAGUGAGGCUGGGACUGAUGCCCCCCCCAGAGCCCAAAGUACGGAUCUCCAAUCUGAUGCGAGUGCUGGGAACGGAGGCUGUCCAGGACCCCACGAAAGUGGAGGCGCACGUCCGAGCACAGAUGGCAAAGAGGCAGAAAGCUCACGAAGAGGCGAAUGCAGCUCGCAAACUGACCACAGAGCAGCGCAAAGAGAAGAAAGCGAAGAAGCUGAGAGAGGACUUGAGCCAUGGAGUGCAUAUAGCAGUGUACAGAAUCAGAAACUUGACGGACCCCGCUAAGAAGUUUAAAGUGGAAGCCAAUGCUGGGCAGCUCUACCUGACGGGCACGGUGGUUCUGCGCAGGGAUGUGAACGUCGUCGUGGUCGAGGGAGGUCCCAAAGCACAGAAGAAGUUCAAGCGGUUGAUGCUUCACAGGAUUAAGUGGGAUGAACAGAGGAACUCCAAGCGCGGCGACCCUGACGGUUCAGACGAUGAAGCUGCCAAGAAGCCGAACAAGUGCUGCCUGGUGUGGGAGGGCACCGCGAAGGACAGAAGCUUCGGGGAUAUCAAAUUCAAACAGUGCCCGACGGAGAACAUGGCCAGGGAACAUUUCAAAAAGCACGGCGCGGAGCACUACUGGGACCUGGCACUGAGCGAGUCGGUUCUGGAGUCCACUGAGGACUGAGGAGGGCUCAGGAGUGCCAGACACACACACACACACACACACACAGAGAGAGAGAGAGAGAGAGACAGACUGGGACAGCUCCGAAAACCAGGACAGGAACAGUAAUCGCAGCCGCGCUCUCUGGAAAUGGCAAACGUUCAGAUCGUGGUUUGUUUUGUUUUGUUUUUCUCUCAGUCCUAGAAGGCCGGGUUCUGCAGUUCCACACGCUGCAGGACGAUCCCGGCCGCGAGAGUUUUAUUUUAAUAUCUGUUAUUUUUUUUUGUUUAAGUGUCUGGGUGAGAGAUUAUAGAAGUGCAUGAUCCUCUGCAAUAAAACAAACAAACAAAAACUCCA